AUGGCUCCAGAUGCUCACAAGCCACAAGAAGCGUUUGGAGGCUCGGGCGUUGAAACUUCAGCUCGCACGGCCGUGCGCGUGGUCAUCUGCCUGGUGCCGGAAAAGGCCGACGAAAUCUCGCAGGAAGCCUCGGGCACCAUAAGCACGGAAAUAUAUAGGCAAUUCGCCCAACGUGAACUGGGCCGGCGAAGGAGCCUUCAGCCCCACCAAUUUCCGUGUAUAUGCGAGCCUGUUCCUCUUCCUAGGUUCCGCUUCCUUGUUCCCUUCUUGACGCGCGAUUCUGGCUCCCCACCAUCGUCCGCACUGCGGCCGUCUAGCCCCCGCUUUCCACGCCCUGCUGUCGGUUCAAUACUGACGGAAGAUGCGUUGCUUGAGCGCGAUCCUAGUCCUGUAGUUCCCGCACUUUCAGCCGGUACAGGUGAUCCCAUAAGCGCCGGCGGGAUUGGAGAGGAUGUCGCAUUACCAGACAUGAUUGGGCGUUUCAAGCGCGCGAUCUUCGCGCCUUCAGGGGCAACGACUACGACCACCACCCAGACCGCGGCCUUGUCUACGUCUCCUGCUACCGUGACGUCAUCAACCACCACGACCGAAACCACUGAUAGCGCGACCUCAUCCACAACAGCCGCGUCCUCCUCAAAUCCCCCCACGACGCAGACUGCCAGCUCAAGCACCCCAGUCACCAGCCCCAGUACCACCACAUCCCACGCGACAUCUGGUUCUAGCAGCGCGAUCUCCAGCUCAGCUCCUCCCAGCACUGAACCAAGCACUAGCGGUGGAGCCGGGACGGUCACCAUCCAGACAACCGCUGCUACGGUAACUGUCGGAGGAUCCGAGACCGUGCCAGUGGUGACCAGCGUUACGACAGUUGUCUCCUUCACGAUCACCGCGUCACCUUCCCUGUCCGACACCUCCACAGCACCAGCUGUCCCCUUCCCCGGUUCGAGUGGCGGGUCGGUAAUUGUGGUCACCCACACGUCGCUGAGCCUGCCACCUACAUCGAGCGCGUCGGAUCUGCCGACGAACGGCGCAGCUGCCCUUACGCAUCUCUCUGAGCCGCUGCACUACGCUUCUUCCAGAUCCCUCUCUGCACCACUCUUCGUGAAGAUGGUCAUGAUCCACACCUACGCUGCUCUCUUCGCUGUCUAUCUAUCGACGUAUGCCGGUGUCGGCGCAGCCAGCGUUUCCAGGAUAGCAGACCACGGGCAUAUAGCCAACACGUCUGCAAUUGCGUCCGCCUUGCCUUCGGACGUGACCGCGAGUGCGCACGCCCAUCUCGGUCCAGACCCAUUCGUCAAGCACACAAGCACACAUCGGUCAGCCGCAACUUCUGCUUCCACAAGCAAGACCCGGGGCCCACAUGCGUCAGCCGCACUCGCUGCGUAG